AACAUUUAUACGUAUAUCUCUCUCUUUGAUCUAAUGUACAUUGCCAGAAUCACAAAGCUUCGUUUGAUCUCUUUCUCCAAAUGUGCACUUCUAGUAGAUCAUCACCACAGAGGCAGCAGACAUGGACAUUUGUCCCGCAAUAAAUUCAUGCAGCUUCCGUAUCCACGUGUGUACAAACCAGAGAGAAACCACACUUCAGACAGAGGGAGAAAGUUUCUCCAUGGCAGGCCUUUUUUACGUGUCCAAACAAACCAACAAGCCCAGCCUCAUAUUCAACAAGAAUUCCCUACAAACAAAGGUCUGGGCUCAGGAAUCAAGAAACUUCUGAAUAUAAUUAUAAAGGACCUGCAGCCCUUAAGCUCUGUCAACAUAGAAGCCCCUUUAUCUCAGUCAAGUAUCCGAUGUGAACUUCAGAGUUUUUACAGGACAAAGCGGGUAGAAGUACAGCGUUCAGUCAAUAAAGCACAUAACCUUGUUCUCUCAGCUGAAUUGUGGAGCUCCAAUAAAAACACCUUUUACCUGACUGUGGCCGGUCACCUAAUCAAUGAAAACUGGGAACUGAAAUCAUAUGUGCUCGAUACGGCACAUUUAAUCCACAAAAGCACAGCUGAAAGUGUUGUGGAGCAACUUUUGAGGAUUUCCAAAGAGUGGAACAUCACUGAAAAGACUCAAUUUGUGGUCACAAAUGUUGACGGCAUAAAAAGGGCCCAAAACAACAUACGCAAAUGGACCUUCAUACCUUGUUUUGCUUUCACUCUGGAUAAAGUUGUCAGGGAAACCCUCUCUGAUUGGGAACUUUUGCUUAGGAAAUGUCAGCAAAUAGUUGCAUUUUUCCACCAAAGUGACGAGGCUUCACAGCAUCUCCAGAAACACCGCAUUUCUCUAAAGCUCCAGUCAAGAGAACUGACUCAGUCCUCUGGUCUAAAAUGGCUUCCUACCUUUUACAUGCUGAAGACGAUCUUAGAGCAGUGGCCAGCCAUCUUUGAGGUUUUUGUGGACAAACGAGUUGAUCUUUGCCUGAACGAGAAUGAAAGAAAAAUAGUUGAUCAAAUUGUAAAAGUGUUGGAUGUUUUGAAGGAAGCCACACUGAAAGUAGGAAGACAAGGGUUCAUCUCCAUCUCAAAUAUUAUACCGGUUGUCCAAAUGCUGCAGGAGAGGCUGAGAAACCUGGGGAUGAUGGAAAACAGAAUAGCACAGAAACUGUCUGAGAAGUGUGAUUAUCAUAUUGGCAAGAUCAACCAAAUCCUUUGGUUUAGAGUUUGCACAGCGCUGGACCCUCAGUACAAAACCAGCGUGUUGCGGGACUCCAGCAUUGAAGAUGUCAAAGCAGAAAUCAAGAGACAAAUGAGGGAAUCUAAAAGUGUGUGUCAUAAAUCUAGAAGUGAUGAGUCGGUCCUGCUAAACUACUGGGAGAUGAAGGAUAUUUCAGGGAGUACACUUGAAUUCUGGAGGAAUCUACCAGAAGAGUUCAGAAAACUGUCAUCAGUGGCCCGCAAGAACCUCUCAGUGGUCUCCACGGUCAUCCCUAUGGAGAAUGUGCACCAGAUGAAGGAAUCUCAGAUUAUCAACAGGAGAAAUUGUCUAGAGCCAGAAAAUCUUAAUAUGAUACUGUUUUUGAACAGCAACCUGUGAAGAAAACACAACACACACACACACACACUGUCAUAUGUACACAAAAUGUAAACAAAUGGAGCUGUGCACUUUAAAGGGGCUGUAUGUAGAGUUGAGAAAUAUGUGCUAUUAGUGACUAGUGAUUAGUGUUGGCCAUCAAAGAGAUAUAGUUCACCCAAAAAUGAAAAUGACCAUAUUGUUUAAUCUCUUUGAAUUCUAAAGAAGAUAAUUUAAAGAAUGCUGGUUGUUAGUGCACAUUGAUGGAUUUAUUUUAUUCUUUAUUUUUGAA